AUGGGCUACGUUCUCGACGAGGCAGCCCUGCUGAAGGCUUACAAUCUCGGCAGCCUCAACCCCUCCAAAUGGGAGGAAGUCGACCAUGGCCAAGGGCCACUAACGCUCGAGGGCGGUUCGAGCGAGGAGAUGGAUCCCCUGGGUCUUCGAGGGCGGCUGAGCACUGCUGGCGAAAUGGAUCUCAGGACGCGCGCUGCGACAUCCUUGGCCUCCAAGACGUUCGACCCAAAGGUCUUCCUCUCGGUGCAACACCCCGACGCGUCCUAUCAGGACCUUCGCCACGGCAUCUCCCAUCUCGAACAGUCGAUCGAGUCCCGCUCCGAGGCGGUCCGUAUCCUUGUCGAGGACAACUUUGAUCGUUUCGUCGCAGUCAAGGCGACCAGCGAUGUCGUGUACCGUGACAUGCGGGAAGAGUUCCUUGCCGACGACACGGACCAUGGCACUCGCGAGUUGCGCGAGAUCUUCAAGCUCGCGACUCACCGCGCUGACCAGGUCUUCCUCCCUGUCCUAGAGAACUCGGUCAAGGCUGCCAAGCUCCGGUCAACGCUCGGUGUAUUCGACCGCUCAAAGUUCCUGUUCAACCUCCCCGGCCAGCUGCUCGAGUCUAUCAACGCGGGAAGGUAUGACCAAGCCCUGCGUGACUACAAGAAGGGCCUGCAUCUUCACGCGGCGAGGUCACAGCCGGGUGCGUUGAUCCCCGGUGUACCGGCCCGCACCCCAGACCAGAUCGCUCGUCAGCGCCGCGUCUUUGACAAAGUGUGGGACAGCGUCGAGAGCGUCAUGGUCGACAUGUCGAAGCGUCUGGACGGAAUGCUCAAAGAUCCUACGAGAAGUGUUGAGGAGCAGGAGAAGACCUUGGAAGUCCUCAUCGACAUCAAGGGCUCAGACGAACCUGCCUGGAGCUACCUCGACUACCAGCAAUCCCAGAUCCUUGACAACAUGAAGACCAUGCUCGACCGGGCACAUAAAGCCAUCAAGGUGGCGCAAAAGGCGGCUGCAGAAGAACCCUCAUCGUCCUCCCCAUACACAGAACUCCUCCGCAGGCAACUUGCUCUGCCCGAGUACAUGCCCAAUGUUCUCCAUCCCUCAGCGAACGAGAUAGCCUGGAACGCGAUCGAGACAAUGUGCUCCCAGUUGGGCGAGUACGUUGUUCGGUGUCUUCCAGGCUUCUGGAAGAUCGCCAGAGCGUGUAUGGACGGCAAGUACCUCAAGCGGGAUGCCAGCGGAACCUUCAAGGCGUCCUCUCGACCAGCGACUUCCUGCAGGCAGAUGGCGUCCGACAUUCUCAAGACGUACCUGUCGACGAUCUCGCAGUUCUUCACCCUGUCUGAUAUCGCACUAGUGGCCCGGUCCAAGCCAUCCAAGACGAUACCAGCAUUUGUGCCGGCCGGGACCACGAUUCUCGCUGCGUGCCACUACGCUGAAAAGAUUCUUGACGACGUGGCCGACUGCGUCCUGGAACUCACGGCGAUCGAUGUUGGCAAGGAGGCUAGCCAAGGAGCCAAAGCGAUGCUCGACUCGCUGCGGUGGAGACUCGAAGAAGUCAUUGCGACGACCUGGGCGCGGGACGCCCAGACACUCUACCUGUUGGACGCCAGCUCCAGUCGGCAGUCGAGCGAGAACACACGCGGGCAUGCCCCAUACCUCAAGGUCAUUGACACCUUCCAGACUCGCAUCAUCACCUCUGCCCGGCGCGUUGCAUCGGCAGGAACUGUGCGCGACCAGGACAUGCCACCUGUUCCACAAAUGUUCCGGUUCAUGAUCCGCGACUCGGUGGUCGAGACGGAGAGCUUGCUCUACGAUGGCAUCCUGCGGAUGGCCAGAGAACCCGAAGUGCCAAAUGAGGAUUUCAAUGGCCACGUCCUCACAGCCGCCGACAAAGACAAGGUGAUGGAGACGAGCCUCCUGGACGGUCUGGCGGCGUUCGAUUCCCUAGGCGCCAGCUACGUCCCGUCACUAGCCAAGCGGCUGUGUGACGACAUCGGGCUGUCCGAAUCGGACGUGUCGUCACUGUACGCGGAUCUCGAGCGUGUAGACGAGAUCGUUUUUGACGAGUAUGUCUCGCGCUGGUCAAAACGUCUCGUCGACCUGAUCGGCUUGGGGUUGAUCCGCACCGUCGAUUGGUCGUCCACCCCCACGCCCAAGGAAGUACGCCCAUACAUGCACAUGGUCGUGCUGUCUCUGGUCGAGGCGCAUGCGCAGGUGUCCGACGCGUCGCAUACGCUGGUGAAGCGGGUCCUGGAGACCCUGGUGGACCGCGUUGGCGACGCGACGCUGGACGCGUUCCGGCGUGUUGGACGUUUUGGCACUGGUGGCAUGUUAACGGCUACACUCGAGAUUGAGUUCCUCAAUCAGAGUGUUACGUCGUUCUUCACGCCGCACGCCAAGGGCGUCUUCAAGCAGGUGUACGACAUUAUCUCGCAGCGGUACCAGCGGCAUGUGGCGCCCGAGUCGCUGGACCGCGAUCUAGAGGCGAUGCGUAAGCUGCUGAGUGAGAGCCGUCGGGGAACUGGGGUGGAGACGCUGUGCUUCCGCCCUAUGUCAAACAGGACAAAGGAGCGGUAUCAGACGGGUAUACCGAAAGCGAUGGCCGGGUACCGGGCCGAAGUUGGGGUGCAGGCUGAAGCCGAUGACUACAGGUUACAGGAGAUUCAGACCGGCAUUUUGCGCAUUAACAUUUAG